AUGGACAGAGCCUCUUGGGGCCCCGUGAAGGUGGAAAAGGAGGAGGCGGAGGAGGAGCAGGAGCAGGAGCGUGUCAUAAGUCAGGCAUCCGGGGAAGGUGCUUACUUAAGCACUGAUGCAUCAGAGGAGAAGGGGAAGGGUCAGAAAAUGUUCUGGGAUAUGGCAGUGGUCCUAAAAGCAACACAGGAGGUGUCGGCGGCUGCACCCCUCGGGAGCUCCUCGUUAACAGAGACCCUGGCCAAGAGUGAAGUCCUGGAGCCUCAUGGGAACCCCACCCUGCUAGGGACUGAGACCAAGAACCUACAGUUACUGGUUCCUAAAACAGAGGUGUGUGAUAAAAAGCCCUCCAUGAUUUUAGGAAGAAUCCAGAAAUGUGAGCUUCAAGGACCUAAGCUAGGAGAAUCUUGUGAAAGGGGGAGCAAGUUAAAAAGGCAGAGAAUAAGGGAAAAGAGAGCCUUCAGAAGCCUCAGAGAGGAAGAAGAGCAGAGACCUAAAAGGUCUCGAGGGAGAAGCUGCCUUAGCUCCAGCCUUGUGAAAAACCAGAAAAUACAGCCUGGACAAAAGCCUUUCACAUGCAGCGAGUGUGGCAAAGGCUUCAGUCAGAGUGCAAACCUUGUUGUGCACCAACGGAUCCACACUGGGGAGAAACCCUUUGAGUGCCAUGAGUGUGGCAAGGCCUUCAUUCAGAGCGCGAACCUAGUUGUGCACCAACGGAUCCACACUGGACAGAAACCCUAUGUUUGUGCAAAAUGUGGGAAGGCCUUUACCCAGAGCUCCAAUCUGACUGUGCAUCAGAAAAUCCACUCCUUAGAGAAAACUUUCAAGUGUGGUGAAUGUGAGAAAGCCUUCAGUUACAGCUCCCAGCUUGCCCGGCACCAGAAGGUUCAUAUUACUGAGAAAUGCUAUGAAUGCAAUGAAUGCGGAAAAGCAUUUACUCGAAGCUCGAGCCUCAUUGCCCACCAGCGGAUCCACACUGGGGAAAAGCCUUUUGCCUGCAGUGACUGUGGCAAAGCCUUUACCCACAGUGGAAACCUUAUUGUGCAUCAGCGAAGCCAUACUGGUGAGAAGCCAUAUGAGUGCAAAGAUUGUGGGAAAGCCUUUAGUUGUUUUUCUCAGCUUAUCUUGCACCAGAGAAUUCACACUGCAGAGAAACCUUACGACUGCAGUGAGUGUGGGAAAGCCUUCAGUCAGCUCUCUUGCCUUAUUGUCCACCAGAGGAUUCACAGUGGAGAUCUCCCAUACGUGUGCAAUGAGUGUGGGAAGGCCUUCACUUGUAGCUCAUACCUGCUUAUUCAUCAAAGAAUCCAUAAUGGGGAAAAACCUUACACAUGCAACGAGUGUGGAAAGGCCUUCAGACAGAGGUCAAGCCUCACCGUCCACCAGCGGACGCACACCGGGGAGAAGCCGUAUCAGUGUGCCAAGUGCGGUGCUGCUUUCAUCUCUAAUUCACACCUCAUGCGGCACCACAGAACCCAUGUUGUUGAGUAGCAGGGCAGAGGGCCGUUCCUGCCGUGGUGGGCCCCUCUGUGCUACGUACUCUUCCUUUGUUAAACGAGGUCUAUACAUUUAAAGUUAUUUUUAUGGAAGGUAAUGUCAACACACACAUUUCAGAGGCUAAUUUAAAGAAAAUAAAACUUU